AUGGCAUGCUUAAACAUGUCUAGCAACGAUCAAGCCUUGUACAACACAAUCACAGGUCCAAGAAUCUCAUUUUCAAAUGAUUUUCUCGAGCCCGUCAAGCUAGAUAAGAGCUACAGAGAAGCUCCUGUGUCCUCCGAUUUCGAGUUCUCUGUCCGGAACUACUCUAUGAUCUCUGCAGAUGAGGUUUUCUCCAAUGGCAAAAUGCUGCCAUCAAGGGAGAGCUUCUCCAAGACGAAAACUCUCAGAGACGAGCUCCUUGCUGGUGACGAUGAUUAUGAGGAUGUCUCGUCGCUAAGGCUGGUGAAGGGUGCGAGCCGAUGGAGGGAGAGGUUUGGGCUGAAGAGAUCACACAAUGUGGUGCCUAAGAAGAGUUUGGGAAGUAUAGAUGAGAUGAAGGCCUCAGAGAUUGGUGCUUUUGCUAGGAAGAAGUAA